AUGGAGAAAGUAACAAUGAAGAUCAUCAAUGCCGCCAAAGCAUUAUUAGAAAGACAAUCUGCAGAGCUCAGAAAGAAAGCUCAAGAGUUAACAUUGGAAAAUAAUUAA